AGAGUAGAAAGCGUCUGCGUGUGUUUGAGGUUGGACUGCGGAGAGAUAACAGAGGCGCACUGACUCCGAGAGCACAAGUGGAUGGAAAGAGCCUGAUGCGAUGGGGAAGCUGAACCACGGUGCAGAGAUCGGCGCCCAUGUGAACUAGAGAAAGAGAAGGAGAGGUGCGUGAAUGAGGCAAGAGGGAAUGAAGAGUGCAAUUCAGAGUUUUGAUGAAGAGCUGAGAUUAUUUUCCAGAAUGGCACGGAUUUGCUCCCACGCAAAUGCGCAUUUCGCAAAGAUGACAUAGCACUUGAGAAAAUGGGAUUCCUCCAGGAACAGGACUCACUCACGACCUGAAUGAAAAGAUAAAAGGGAUUCUAUUCAAAUCGGAAUUAGUAUUUUGUUUCGUUCGUGUUGUUCUUUUUUACUUGAUUAACCUCGGCUGUGAGUGAACGCAGAGUGAAAUAUGAAUCCGGGCAAAGCACUUCUGUUUUUCCUCCUCUCACGUUGUGUGACAGUAACUGUCUCGCUAUCCACUUGCACCACUGUGGACAUCGACCACAUUAAGAAAAAGAGAGUGGAGGCGGUGCGGGGACAGAUCCUAAGUAAACUCAAGAUGACCAGUCCGCCUCAAACAACAGGUCCAAGCCAAGUACCGUUUCAGAUUCUGGCCCUUUAUAACAGCACCAGGGAGCUCAUUGAGGAGCUGGGAAGAGACCGGCAGCAGAGUUGCGGACAAGAUAACACGGAGACUGAGUACUACGCCAAAGAGAUUUACAAGUUCGGCAUGGACAAUGGUCGAACAGAACAAAAUGAACUCUGCACUAAGGGUAUCACCUCCAAGAUAUUCCGCUUCAAUGUGUCCACCAUGGAGAUGAACUCCACCAACUUGUUCCGGGCUGAGUUUCGAGCCCUACGGAUCCCCAACCCCAGCGCCAAGAAAAACGAGCAGAGGAUUGAGCUCUACCAGAUCCUCCAGAAAGAUGACCCCAAAGCUAAACAGCGCUACAUCGGGGGGAAGAACGUCCUGACCAAGGGGACGCCUGAGUGGGUGUCCUUUGAUGUCACGGAGACAGUGAGGGAGUGGCUGAUGUACCGACAGACCAAUCUCGGCCUGGAGAUCAGCGUCCAUUGUCCCUGCCACACUUUCAGGUCCAAUGGAGACAUCAUUGAGAACGCCAACGAGGUUCUGGAGGUCAAGUUUAAAGGUACUGAAGCGGAAUACGAUGAUCUGAGCCGUGCGAAGAAACACAAGGAGCAGCUGUACCCCCACCUCAUCCUCAUGAUGCUCCCUCCCCACAGGCUGGACGCCCACUCCUCGUCCCGCAGGCGCAAGCGGGCACUUGACACCAAUUACUGCUUCAAUAAUUACGAGGAGAACUGCUGUGUGCGACCACUAUAUAUUAACUUCCGGCAGGAUCUGGGCUGGAGAUGGAUCCACCAGCCCGAAGGGUACUACGCAAACUUCUGCUCCGGUCCCUGUCCUUACCUGCGCAGCGCCGACACCACCCACAGCUCGCUGCUGAGCCUCUACAACACCCUGAACCCGGAAGCGUCCGCCUCGCCCUGCUGUGUUCCUCAGGACCUGGAGCCCCUCACCAUCCUCUACUACGUGGGUCGCUCCCCGAAAGUCGAGCAGCUCUCAAACAUGGUCGUCAAGUCCUGCAAGUGCAGCUAAACGCGGAGGCUCCGGGGGCCCCGGAGGGAGACGUGGGGACGCGACGGCUCCCGGCACUACUCAGAAGCGGGUGAGAGGGAUAAAUAAAAAAAAAAAAAAGAAAAAAAGAGGGGCAGGGUGCGCCUUUGUCGUCCAUCUGCUUCAGCCUUUCCCCGAGCUCUCUCAAGAAAACUUCAGUCCACCACUCUGCUCGCGAAAACCCACGUUGGCAGCAUUUACCGAGGAGACUUUCACCACUUCGCCGACAGCGCUCUCAAACCCAUCGAAACCUCUUGUCGUCCUUUUCCCUUUUUUUUUUUUUUUUUUUGUUGACAUCAGUGUUUCCCCUCUCUUUCUUUAAAUAUAUUCCAGCAUUUUUUUUUUGAACAGCCCGUACCUCAUACGAGCAUCGGUAAUCAAAGCCCGUUUCCACCGAAAGAAAGGAACAAAACAACAAUCGUCUCGCCCACGACCGACGCGCUCUCGCGGACAGAAAACGCAGAAAAACGAGCGAGAACGCAAACCAAACUCGGCACGCGUCAGAGCGGUUGAGGAGACGCACGGGACACGUCUGCGCGUCCGAGCUGGAAAACCGACGCUGUGCACGCCACAGAUCCCUACACUGUUUGUUUAGGAUUAAAUGCUGUUGAGUUUAAGAAGAGAAAAAGAAAAAAAAAAAAAAAAAAAAAAAAGAUCUUAGGAAAAAUAAAACAUGCUGGAAACCAAUCUUUAUUUCAAAGUAGUAUUUCCAUGGUUACGUUUACCUCUGUAAUGCAACAGGAUGGUGAUUCCAGGGAUUGUUAUGUUUUAAAGUGAAGCCUUUCUGUUGUAUGAGACGAUGUAUGUCACUAAGUGAACUUAACUAGAUCACAAACUGUAAAUGUUAUUUUUUUUUUUCUUAUUACUCUUGGAAACACUUUUUUUUAAUUAAAAAAAAAUGGACCAUUGGA